GCCUGUCUGCACUCUUUACAACUCUACAUCCAACAAUGAACCAGUUAUUCACAAUUUACUUUGUAUUCGCUUACAUCGGCGAGCUACUUGCUGCAGGCAUGGUCGGCUUUUUUGCCCCUGUUGGAUUCCUGUCUCCAUUCAUGCUUAGCAUAACUCUCUUAUCCUUCCUACUUGCACUGCUUCAUGUUCGCCUGGUGCACACAGUGUUGUCAGCACACAAAACCGAUCCCCCCGUCCACAAUUGCCUCUUGUCUCAUGCAGCAAUGGGUUCAGGAUUUGUGGUGGUCUCAAUCGAGGUUCGCUCUUACGACAUAACACACACCCUGCCGCUCAAAGGAUAUUUGAGAAAUCUGAUAAUACCAGUGUAUGCCUGCAUAUUACUUUGCAUGAUCAUCUUCUAUCGUUGGUCGCUAGGCUACUGCGCUGACAGGCAAGAUUUGAGGUCGCUGGGGGAUUUUUAUGACUGCUUGCUCUCAUGGUUUUCAUCACGUAUUGCGUCCCAUACCAACACUCCGGAAACACUCCCCCAAACACUCUCCGAGCCAUUCACCAACCACUUCGACACUCCCAUGUCACCUGUAAGUCACACAGUGGGUACCUCGGACGUACUUCCCCAACCUUAUUACCAGCUUUCAGACCUAGACCAUAGAGAGAAUAAGUCAGAUGAAGAAUCUUGCAUUGGUCUCCAGGUGUAGACCUUGUACAGCAGCCAGCUACGCAUGAAAGUGUCAUUAGGCAGCAAUUCAAUGCUAUUGCCA